AUGUCGGCGAAGAGUACUUCAGGACCAGGCGGGAAGAAGCCUACUUCCGUAGCAACGAAUCUGAUAGGCAAGCACGUUUUUGUAGCUGGUGGCGGGGCUGGAGCAAUGGAGGCUUUGGCAUGCCAUCCUCUUGACACAAUCAAGGUCCGCAUGCAACUUUCGAGAAGAAAUCGAGCUGGCGGGAAGCGACGUGGAUUCCUCAAGACUGGCAUGGAAAUUGCAAAGAAAGAGACACCUCUUGGUCUUUACAAAGGUCUGGGUGCGGUUUUGACAGGCAUCGUGCCGAAGAUGGCGUGUCGAUUCACAUCUUAUGAGUAUUACAAGCAGAUGUUGAGCAAGGAUGGCAAGGUCUCCACGAGUGCAAACUUCUGGGCAGGUCUCUUGGCUGGUGUGUCAGAAGCUGUGCUUGUUGUCUGUCCUAUGGAGGUGGUAAAGAUCAGGCUUCAGGCGCAACAUCAUAGUAUGGCCGAUCCUCUGGACAUACCAAAAUACCGUAAUGCCGCACACGCGCUGUUCACGGUGGUCAGAGAAGAAGGCUUCAGCGCUCUAUAUCGUGGUGUGUCUCUCACAGCAUUGAGGCAAGGCACAAACCAAGCUGCAAAUUUCACUGCAUACACGGAAUUGAAAGCUUGGCUCCAGUCAAGAAAUCCAGAUCCAACUGCACAGCUACCUGGUUGGCAGACUGCCGGCAUCGGUCUCAUCUCGGGAGCUGUUGGACCUUUCACGAACGCGCCCAUCGAUACGAUCAAGACCCGACUACAACGGCAGCCCGCCGAGCCUGGUCAAACGGCAAUGGGCAGGAUCACGGCGAUCGCCAACCAGAUGCUGAAGCAAGAGGGUCCCCGAGCUUUCUGGAUGGGUAUCACACCUAGGGUAAUGCGAGUUGCGCCAGGACAAGCUGUAACAUUUGCGGUGUAUGAGUACCUGAAAGACAAGCUCGAGAAGUCACGAGAGAUGAUACCUGGGGGACAGUACGAGGAGUAA